AUGCGAACCAACGAAGAAGUCAAUCAGCGUCACCCAAAUCACGAAGGUCACCAACGUGACCAACCAGCCAUGUGUGCGGAAGACAUUGAGAAGCUUGUGAAUAACCGACUUCAAGACUUAAAGAUUGGUGGAAAUUUCGAAGAUGCAUUAUGCAUUGAGGUAGACCAAGCAAACUCCUCACCUUUCAUAGUAGAAAUCGAGCAGGCUGCUCUCCCGAAACGAUUCUUAACGCCCUCUUUCACAUGUUUCAAAGGGGAUUCAGAUCCUGAAAUCCAUCUAAAGCAUUUCAAGAGCCAUAUGAUCCCUUACAAAACUGAAGACGAGCUAAUGUGCAAGGUGUUUGCAAUGACUUUGCGAGGAGCAACUCAGGACUGGUUCCAUACACUGCCAUCUGGGUCGAUUGGUAGCUUCAAGGAGCUUGCUUAUAUCUUCAUCAAAGAUUACACUUCUUACCGGACGAUCAAGAAGAACCCUGACCAAAGCAGAAAAGGCCAACAUUGUAGAGUGCGAUGA